CAUUUUAUUGGUUGCUUGUAUUGUAGAGGUUGACGGACAAAUUCUUAACGUCGAAAAAAACUCGUAACGUAUUUCGUAGUUCGUAGUUUUAAGUGCAUCAAAAUGGCCAAAAGAAAAAAUAAGCCAUUGAUAGAUUCAGAUUCUAGCAGCGAAUGUUCAGAUUUGGACUCCCAAUUUCUAAACCUGGCAAAGAAGAAGAAGAAACCAGAGAACUCCCCGCCGCAAUCAAAACCAAAGCCUAAAUCAUCAGGCAGUGAAUCAGACUGGGAUGAGGAUGAUAAGAAAAAUAGCAAAUCAUCAUCAUCAUCAGGCUCAGAAUCAAAUAGCGAAGCCCGUAGUGACACCUCAAAGAAAAAAGAACCAGCAAAGACUAGUAGGAAGAGUUCCUCCGACCACUCUGAUGAUAGGAAGAAACCAGAAGUCAGGAAAAGUACUGAGAGUGUGGAGUCUGCAAAGAAGAAAGAAGUUUACAGUGAACCAGAGGAAGGUGAGGUGUCCUCUCACUCAUCAGACAAUGAUUCCAUAGAUUCAGAAGAAGAAUUUGAUGAUGGAUAUGACGAGAAUCUCAUGGGCGAUGAAGAGGACAGAGCGCGCCUGGCCGCCAUGUCAGAAAAGGAGAGAGAACAGGAGAUAUUCAAACGCAUUGAGAGGAGAGACUUGAUGAAGACUAGAUGGGAAAUUGAGCGAAAACUCCGCUUAGCUAAGCGCUCGGCGGCCGAGCGGGGAGCCUCGCCCGGGGAAGUCGCUCGGCGGCGCUCGGCUCGCAAGCGCCGGCGAGCGUUGCGCGAGCAGCGAGCGAAGCAGGAGCAAGCGAGACAAGCGCAGGCGGCUCGCGAGCGAGAGGCGGAGAAGGAGAGAAAAGAGUCCGAAGUCAACGAACAGAAAGAACCAGAAAAUGAAAAAGAGAAGCCGCCACAGAGUCCAGGAGAGAUCGAGGAUGACUCUAAGGAUGCUGAGCGUGACGCGGAACGUUCCGCCUCUCCCUUAUUCGGAGCGAAAACGGAACGUAAACGCAACGUUGACGACCGACGAGUAAACGCGAUGGCGUUGUUGCGCGCGCAGAGAGACGCGCGCGCGACCAGAGUCGAAACUAAACAGAAGAAACGGGCUCAAGAACAGGAGAGAAAAGAAGAGGACGACGAUGCAGAGGAAGAAAUAAUAGGGGGUACAAGCAAACAGAGCGUCAAGUUAAAGGCGUCAGAUAUUUACUCUGAUGACUCUGGGUCGGAAUCUGAGGACAACAAAUCUCAAGGUCGCAGAAGCUCGUCAAGUUCGUCCUCUUCGGACGUAGAGGAAGAAGAGAAGAAGAGGGAAAGAGAAGAAGUGGAGAUCAAAUACGCUGACACUCGGGAUCAGAUCAAUAAACUUAGACUUAGCAGGUUCAAAUUAGAGAGACUAGUGCAUUUGCCAUUCUUCUCUCGCGUGGUGACAGGCUGCUAUGUUAGGAUCGGCAUCGGCAACAAUAAUGGCAACCCAGUGUAUAGGGUAGCAGAAAUAAUAGACGUAUACGAAACGGCGAAAGUGUACAACCUAGGUAACACACGAACAAACAAAGGCUUCAAGCUACGACACGGCACACAAGACAGAGUCUUUCGACUCGAGUUUGUGAGCAAUCAGGAAUUCACUGACAACGAGUUCCAAAAAUGGCACCGCGCCAUCAAAGAGGCGAACAAAAAGCCACCCACCAUGGACUUUGUUAGGAAUAAGAUCACUGAAGUUAAGGACGCACUUAUGUAUGAAUUUAAGGAAGAAGACAUAGAAAAAAUAGUAGCAGAAAAAGAAAGAUUCAGACCACACCCCACCAACUAUGCGAUGAAAAAGACGCAACUAAUGAAGGAAAGAGACGUAGCACAAUUGAGAGGUGACGAAGAAUUAGUAGCUGACUUGAACGCAAAACUACAAGAGUUAGAAGAGAGAGCGAGCGCUUUGGACAAAACCAGAACAUCCUCCAUACAGAGUAUCUCAUACAUCAAUAAUAGGAAUAGGAAACUUAAUGUGGAAACUGCUGAAAGAGCUAUUAUGGAAGAGUUCAAAGCGAACAAAGGCAAGAAAACAGACGACCCGUUCACACGGCGACACACCAAACCUGUCAUGAACUUCAAGUCGCACACAGGCGCGACCAGGACGCAGGAGCUAUUGAAAAACGAAGAAGCCGCCGCGGAGGAGAUAAAGAUAAGAGAAGAAGAAGAGAAGGUGACUAAAGAACAGCAGGAGAAAGAGAGACUGGCCCAACAAGAAAAUCCGAGCGAGACGGAGAAACAGAAAGAGAAAAGGAGCCUCGCUACGGACAGCAGUAGCUUAUAUUCUUUACACGACUUCGAUAUAAGUAUCGAUAUAGAUUUACCGAUAUCAAAAGCAGUAUCAAAUCAACCAAAACAGAACACUACUAAAGUCAAAGAAACCGGACCGAAGCGAUGCCUCAACUUAGAAGAAUACAAGAAACGCAAAGGAUUCAUAUGAGUGCGACAGGGACGGAGAUAUACGAGUGUUAGUGAGAGACAGAGAUAGCAGCGACAUGCUUAUGCAAAAACAUUUAAGAAGAGUACUUUGUACUUUCACGCCCCAUACAAACGGAGUUUGCUUGAUCUUCCUCCUUUUUGGAAGUCGGUUAAAAGUUGAUACACCAUUUUAGGGUUCCGUACCAGAAAAGUGCCAAACCAAACCUCUGCUGUCUGCCUGUCCAUCUGUCUGUCAGCAGGCCUUAUCUCGUGAACUGUAAUAGAUAAAGUUGAAAU